GCGACGCCACGGGACCGCAGCAGCCCAGCCACCCCGUGCGUCCCACGCCAGCGCGCAGACACGCCCCGCCCAGCCCAGCCGAGGAGCGAUCGCCGAACCCCAGCACCGGACCACCAAGUGGCACGAUGAGUUCUGACGUCCCGCCGGCAGAGCAGAAGCAGCAGCCGCAGGAGCAGGAGGAGAAGACGAACGAGGAGGAGGAGCAGAAGAAGAGCGAGGACAAGAAGGAGAUAGAGGACGAGGAGCGCGAGCAGAUGCUGAACGCGGAGAACCGCGACCGCGACGGCGACGGCGGUGACGGCCAGCAGCCGGAGGUGGGCGGCGUGCAGAAGAUGCGGCGCGUGCUCGAGGAGUCCGACCACGAGCCGCAGUCCGCCGGCAAGAAGAAGAUACCCAUCGGCGGCAUCCGCAUCCCGGGCUUCCUCCGCAGCCGCUCCCGCGAGAAGACUAAGGAGGGCGAACUGGACGGAGAGGAGGCGAAGGACCUGCUGCAGCAGGAGUCGGGCCAGCAGCCGCAGGCGGACGGCGCCGGGGGCGGCGAGGGAGACACCCCGCGCAGGCCCAAGCUGCUGCCCAACCCCUUCGCCAAGAAGAAGGAGCAUGAACUUGGCGCUGCCGGGCUUGCGUCGAUGGAGACUCUGGAUGACAGCAGCGCUGCUGUACAAGACGACGGCAUGGAGAGUGUCAAGCUCGACAUGGACGAGAAGCCUGAUCCAGAGAAGUCUGGUGCAGAUGAAGCGAGUAAACAAGACUGGAGACAAAGACUACGUCACCUUUCAAAGUUUCGUCUCAUAAUUGGUGGAGUUGCACUGUUUGUCAUACUGCUGAUAAUAAUAGUUGUGAUUGCUGCGUCUGGGCCAAGGCGAGCACCACCUGUUUCUCAUCUUAUAGAUGGAAUUUAUGUGCAGGCAGUUACGGGUUGUGGACCUGUUCAUGGGCUUGUGGAAGAAGGAGCGCACGUUUUUCGUGGUAUUCCAUAUGCACGUCAGCCUGUUGGUGACCGUCGAUGGCAGCCAGCUCAAUUAUUGCAGCAUCUGGCAGACUGCUGGAAUGGUACUUUGCGUGCAGUGAAGGAAGCACCCCCUUGUCUCCAACGCCUUCCCAAUGGAACCUGGUUUGGUUCGGAAGAUUGCCUUCAUUUAGAUCUUGUGACUCCUCGUGUAACAUAUGAUGGUCAGCUGCCUGUUAUAGUACUUGUAGGAGCAGAUACAAUGCUUGGUCCUUCUCCUAGUGCUCUGCGUACACCAUCACCUGAGCUAUCACGUACCCGUGAAGUGGUAUUUGUUCGCCCAGGAUUUCGUCUGGGCCCAAUUGGUCUGUUAGCUGCCCAUCCAUUGUCUACUUCAUCACGUCGUCAUACCUCAGGAAAUUAUGCUCUCUCAGAUCUAAUAGCUGCAUUGACAUGGAUCCAGCAUAACAUUCACAAUUUUGGUGGUGAUCCAAAGGCAGUGACUAUACUUGCUCAUCGUGCUGGAGCAACAAUGGUGACAGCAUUAGCCACAUCCAAACAAGCCCAAAAACUGUUUGCACGUGCUUGGUUGUCUAGUGGCUCAGCAAUCUUUCCUGGCCAGCCACUAAGUGAAUCAGAGCGUGAAUCAAUGACAUACUUAAGACGAAUUCGAGCUUGUGAAGACAACCUCACUGCUGAAUGUUUGCAAUCUGUGGAUGCUUCAGAACUUGUUGAGCUUUUACCUCCUGAAUGGGAACCUCGACAACCAGGAUUGCCCAAUCCAGACAAUUCCACCCCCGAGAUUCACCAGUGGCUUGUACUUGAUGGACACAUUUUACAGAGACAUGUCUAUGAAGUCCUGAACGAGAACAAUGUCUCUGUCAAAAUGGUUAUAGGAACAACUGCCCAUUCUGAGGGAAGUGAUGAGUUGCAUCAGAGGUACAAAGACUGGCAAAUAAACAAUGAGACUGUGAAACAAUUGGAACAAAGUGAAGUUGGACGAAAAGGUCUUGCAGAGGAAGCAGUGAGACGUUAUGGAACCAGCUGGCCAGGAAUAGCAUCAUUGGUGUCUGACGUUCGCACCGUGUGUCCAUUGCUGCAUUUGGCAAGACAAACUGUUCCACCCAUUCCCUUCUAUGUUGUGAAGCAACCACGAGGUGAAAUUGCUGAUGUAGAUGUUGAUGUUGAUGCAAUAUUAGGUCGCUACAUUCCAAGAAACACCGAACAGAGGCGCUAUGUGACAGCUAUGCAGCAAGUCUUCUACCGCUUUGUUGCCCAGGGUGAGCUCCGCCGCCGGGAAGGUGGACAACAGGUGCUGCUAAUAGAGCAAGAUGCUAAUCCUAGUAAUGAAUAUCCUGAUUGUGACAUGUGGCUGAGUAAAGACAUUGUUCCAAGAUAUGGGCGUGUAGACUGAAAAUAUUUUUGACAGAACUUGUGUGCUUUUAGAAGACUUCACACAGGCAGUUCAGUGAAAGAAACAUGUAUUGCAUGGUCAGUUGUAUGAAAUAAUUACAUCAUCAGCCUGUGAUAUUUGCUAGUCCCUCUAUUCACUUUAGUUUGUUCCUCAUUUACUUUGGAAAUAAAUCAAACUGCUGGCUGUCAGUUGGUGGGUACUAAAAUUUUCAUCAACAGCUGCAUAUUUGAGACCAAUCAGUCUCAGGGACUUUUUGAUGUUUGAGCAAAAGGAAAUUAAUAUCUUGGGUCUUAUAGAUGUAUACAGUUUGUAUGGACAAAACUAUUUUAUUGAAAAACUUUGACUUUUAUAAAGAAACAUAAAUUUUCCAAUAUUUGAGAUACAAUAAAACUUUUUCUACCAUGAGAACCAAUAUUAGAGUUGUACUGACAACAGUUUUCACUAAAAAGUAUGGUGUAGCAAGCCGAGAAGAAGUUGAAAUACAUUCCUGAGUCAUAGCUCCACCAGCAUAUGCAAUAGAUAAGCCAGUAAUUAAUUGUUGUUUUUCACACCAAAAAUUAAAUUUCAGAAGACUCUACUCUCUUUAUUCCAUCACAUUAUUUAGAUGACAAACUGGUAUGCUUUGACAGUGUUUAAAAAAAUUAACUUCAAACAAAAGAGUGUAAGAAUUUGUUUUAUGUGGUCAAUUUUGUCUGCUGAUGAUGUAUCAGAGUGUUGUACAUAAGAAUGUGUUGAAUAUCGUGAUCAGAGAAUGUUUUGAAUAACAAGCAAAUGUUAAAUGCUUCGCUUGUACAUAUAUAUAUUACAUAUAUUUAGAAAGAAAAGUUGUCUUGUAAAUGUGAAUACUGUGCUGUUUCAUUUUACAGUAACAUAUUUUGGUGUAAUAUGUCAUGCCACCUUCUAGGAAACUACUUCUGCCUUCAGCUAAAUGUGUGUGUGUAUAUAUAUAUAUAAAUGUUUGUGUAUAAAAUAGUUCACCUGACAUAAAACAUAGUUAUGAAUGCCAGUUGUUGUUGCAUUUACAUUUUCUUGUUGCCCCCUCAAGUUAGGUGCUCUGUGAGAAAGCAUAAGAAGAAGGAUAAAGAAAACAAUGGUCUGUUAAGACAUACAUGGACAUGAAUAAUUUAUGUCAUUAAAAUAUGAGGAUGCAGUGUAUGUGUAAAUAUUGUCAUAUUAAAGGAAAGUAUGAGGAAAAUUUAAUGUAGGACAGGAACUGUUAUUUUCAGCACUGUCAUUUCAUAUUUUGUGACUCGGACACUGUUUGGGUUUAUAUCUGAACUGCAUAUUGAGGUGUGGAAAAACAGUUUUUUAAUCUCAUAUGAUGUAUGAAUUUAUAGUGUUUCACUGUACAAUAAGUGCUUUCUCUGAUGCAAUUUUGUCAUUGGUGUACUUAUAAUUGUCAAUCUAUUGAUAGCUUUUGAUGUUUCCAUUUUAAUGUGAAAUCUUCAGUGACAUCUAGUUUGGUAUGACAGUAAAUAUAACUCAGAUCACACAGAAAAUUUAGUUUAUUUCUCUCUCCAUCUUAGGAGAGGUGAUCUUUCACUAAUUUGAUAUCUGAAAUCAUCAAAGAGCAGGUGGACUUUUUCUUGUAUGAACUUCACAAAACUAAGAAAACGUCAGGUUACCAAUCACUUUAUAAAUGAUAUAAUGUUCAAAAUAUGGAAAAUCAGCUUGGUUUUAAAGGUUUCAGAACUGAGAGAACAAAGGGAUUUGAAUUUAACAACAAUGGAGAUUUCAAGACACAAGAAUGAAAAAUGUGUAGGGGCAACCACUACUUUUGAUGAGUAACAGACCAUUGGUUUUAAGCACAUGCUCUUUUAUGUAGGUUUAGUACAACUCUCUCAAGGACAACAAAAUGCACACUGUGUGCAUGUGGAUGACACAGUGUGUGUGUGUGUGUGUGUGUGUGUGUGUGUGUGUGUGUGUGAUUAUUAAAAUGUUAAUAAAAAUAUGGGGUUAAAACAUUCCCAUGAGCAGAGAAAUAUGGGACACAGAUAUAACCACAAAUGUAAUGCUAACAGGAAUAAAACUGCAUAACUUUUAAUAAUAUAUGUGUAAUGAUUAGUAAGUCAUGUAUAAAAGACUGAAAAGUAUGAGACUAAAGACCAAGAGAGUGGCUUACAGUGAUAAUAAUAAAUAUAUUCAGACAUGAAAAGGAAAUGUAAACAUAUGAGAGUAUUCCACUACAACGCAAGCUUUCACAUGUGGACACAUUGGUAUUCUCUAUGCUGUGUUGAGGUUUGUCUGUGUUCCACAAGAGACACUAGUGGUGAGUUAAUGAACAAUGUAUAAUGUUUGAUGUAGUGAGCUCUCAUUCAUUAAAGCUUUAUUCAGUUUUAUUUCCAGUGUCAUCUCCUCUCUCUUAUGAUGAUUUAAAAUUUUCACGUAUGAAAUGCAUCAGUACCAGUCAUUUAGACAGUCAUCUCCUCCAAUAUUCACACUUAUGUUUAAAAUAUAUGCAUUUAUAUGUGUUUUCAGAUAAGAUAAAUUGAAGAAUACAUAAAAGGCUUCAAUGGCUUCAGGUAUAUCUUACCAACAAAUAACUCUUCCAUUAUCUCUUCACUUUUUGGAUGCAUAGAAGCCUCCAUGCACUUACCAUUUGUCACCAAAAAAUGAACCCUUCUGCUGCUGUCUCACUUUUGCAGUAAUCACUACAAUAGUACCACAUACAUUUGGUGCAUAUUCACUGAAGGUUGUCAUUAGUCCAACACUAUGAGAUGUCAGCUCUCCAUGAUAUUUCCAUCAGUUUCAUUGUUACUUUUUAAUUGUUUGAUGUUGCAAAAUUAGUGGCUACUCAACUGGCAACAUAUACUUGUAGCAAUUUAAAGUUAUUCCAUUUUUCAGAUAUUUACAACAAAAGUGAGUCACAAAAGAAGAAAUGGAAAAAGCCUACAGCUGUGUUGUUGGUUGCUUCAGGUAUACAUUACUUCAUAUGCUAUAAAUUAUUUCAUAUGCUGACACACUGUUUGAAUAAUGUCAAUUUAUUUCCUUCAACUAUAUCAUGAUCAACAGACAGUGGCAGCAGAACAAUCAGUUGUCAUCACAUCCACACUUACAAACAGAGCACAACUCUGAGCAGUUGUUUCACUCAUGACACUGUAGGCAGGGCAAUUUUCAGACAUGUUACAUCACAUUUUGCACUUAUGGCACAUGAAUGCUGUAGAGUAAUUAUCUUUCCCUCACCAAAGAAAUGCUUCACAGUGUGGAACUCUCAUGAACUUGGUUUCUUAGAAAAAAUGACAUUUCUGUCGAGCUGGAGACCACAGUGAUUGUUUGUUUCAAAAGUAAUUUAUUAUCUGGCACAAUCACAUUCAUCUCUAGAAACAAAUAUGAUUGUGCUGGAUAAUAAAUUACUUUCAUACAGUUUUCUUACUUUUCCACAAGUAUUAUUCCCUUUUCGUCUCUCCAUUUUCAAAGUUCAUUUUUUUCUGUUGACUGAUUAACUGAUUGUUAUUGGCUUUACUCAGUUUUGUAUCUUGUCUUAAGUUUAAUCUUACUGCAGAUCUCUUCAUGUGAUUCAUAUGCAGCACUUUCUGUAUUUAUAUUCUUCUUCCCAGUUCGUCUUCAUGUUUUUCCAUUAAUUUCAUAUCACUGCCUAGUUAACUGCUCGUCACUGCUGUAACUGCAAGUCAAGUUUUCCUGUCCUGUCAUUGUGUUUCAGACAGAAUUUCAGAAUUUAUCAUCUAAACAUAAAGUUUUUUCACAAACAGUUACUGGUAUCUACAAAGGACAUUGUUUCAUCGGAAAGUUAUAAAGAUCAGCAAAGACAAAGAAACACGAAGUUCUACAUCUUUCAUCCUCAUAUUUUCUGAGACAUAUAAAGGACCUGAACUGUUUUCUCAUUACUGCUAUUAGCACCCUAUCUUCAUUUUUGUGUUAAAUGUCAGAUUCAGGUGCAACUAUUCCACAGUUGUUCCAAAUGCAGUAACAAAAAAUUCAUAGUUCUGUUAUUUUAAAUAUUUUUUAUCAGCACAUUGAUUUUCUCUGUAUUGCAUUCUGUGGCAUUUAUUUUGAGAAUUGUAAGCAGCCUUGAACCAGGAAAUUUGAGCUGAUGUGAGAAUGUGUAAUUUAUUUUGCUGUAAUUGUCUUCUUGCUUAGUGACAAUGUCUUUCAUUAUGAGGAUAAAUCUGUGUAGAAUGAAAUGAAUAUUUAUAUUCCUAAACAUUUACUUAAUAUUUGACUACCUUUAAAAAAAAGUGGGAAUGAAAGCUGCAUUCACAGUAUUCUAUUUCUGUAUAAAUGCAGAAGUGACUGAUGACUAGGUUUUGAUAGGUAAAAGAAAACCAUUGAUCUCAUGAACUGAUGGUUCCACCUUAACUCAAGUACUUUUUUUCCAUGUGUAACUAAGCGCACAUACUAUGCAGAAUUUAGUGAAGAUUUAUGAAAGCCAUAUUAGGUCCAUGCAUGCCAUUGAAAUAUGAAUGUGUAUAGGAAUUAAAAUACAAAUGAUCAACUGCAACAAAACAAAGUACUGCUAGAGCCAAAAUUAUUUUAAUAAAUUCACAAAAGGUGUCCAUGUUUGAGAAUUUAAAAUAUGAGUAACGACCUGCAUUGUGAUGGGUAAUACAUUAGCAAGUUUAUUAAAACAAAGUGUGGUCACGUAUGUUGAAUGCCCUUGUGAUUUUAAUUUAUAUAUGAUGUUACCACAUUUUACUGUAUCAUGUUGAUAUAUUACUAGUUUCUCUAUAUUCUGAAUAAAUGAUAAACUUUUGUAAUAGGUUCCAUUUAAAAGACUAUAACAUAUAAUACUAAUUUUUUGGGAAAUUAUACAAUGACUGGUUUUUAAGUACUCUACCAAAGUGCCAAGAUCUAUACUUAUUUGUCAUUAUGGCACAGUAAAUCUAUAAAAAAUGUCUUGUUUAUUAUGAUGUGUGGUAGGCAAGAAUGUCAUUAGAAAUUACAAUUUUCUUGGAACUGAGUUAUGUACUGUAAAAGUGUACUGUAUCUAACUAAGGGGACUAAUGCAAUGAGCUUUUUCAUUAUAUGUGGCAAAUUGUUUGAACAUGUCAUUGUACCUCUGCAUCUAGAACAUAAUAUUUAUGAGAUCAUGUACAAAAACCCAUUAUCAUUUGAGUUUCCGUAGAAACAUCAUUUUAAAAUUAAUCUUUAAAUGAUGAAUUUUGUACUAUUAUGUUUUGUAAAUAAUUUUUCAGAAAAUGAGACUAAUUACUAUGCUACUUUUGGAUCACAUAUCUGUUCCUGUAAUGUAUAAAGUAUUUUCAAUGUUUUGCAGAUACCAAGAAGAACAAUUCAGUAUUCCAAAGAGAGACUGAUUGUACCAAUUUUUGAAUGUAGUGAUUUUUAGGAAAAAAUUUUGUAUUUUAAGUGGCAUUAGUAACCUAGUGUCUUUGUACAAUGUUAUAACAGCUGUACUUGCUAACCUAUUAAAGUGUAUGAUAUCCAUUAA